GUCUCGGGUCAGGUGAGGAGGAUGGUUUCAGACUCUGCCUCCUCUCUCUCAUCCCUCCUUUCUGAGUCACACAGGGAUGAGGUCACCAGUGGUAGUCAUGACGACCCCUUGACCCGUUGCUAUGGUGCCCUCAACGAGCACCUGGUGUGUCGCUACAACUGCAUUUUAUUGGACAGGUGGGUAUCAGUGUGGUUGGAUGCCUUUGCAGGACUGGUUCUGUUCCUGGUCUCUGUGACUCUACUGGACUCUGAGGUGGACCCCAGUACUGUAGGACUGGUCCUGACUUACACCCUCAGCCUGAGAGAGGUUCUUCAUCUCCUGGUCCAAGCAAGCUGUGGCGUAGAGAGCAGUGCUGGUGCCAUCCAGAAGAUGGACCAACAUGCACACAUGGAGAGAGAGCCCCCCUGGUCUGUGCCCUGUAGAGCACCCCCUAGCUGGCCAAAGGAGGGAGUGGUGGAGUUCAGGAGCUAUGAGACGGAGCUUAACCCAUCACCCGCUGAACUGUCUUUUUGCACCCGGACCAGAGAGAAGGUUGGUGUGGUGAGCAGAUCAGGAGCAGAGCUGGACGCCAUAACCAGUUCUCUUUUCCGAUUGGUGGAGGGCCGAAGGGGCGUGUUGAUGAUUGACGGGGUGGACAUCUCUAGUGUGGGACUCCAUGACCUUCGCAGCCGGUUGGCGGUCAUUGCUCGGGUUCCAACUCUGUUCUCCUGUUCACUGCGCUCCAACCUGGACCCCUGGGGUUGCCAUGGGGAUGCCCAGGUGUGGCAGGCACUGGAGAGGUGCCACCUGAAGGAAAGGGUCAGCUUGCUGCCAGGACAGCUCCUCUACCCACUACAACACGGGGGGGCCGGGCUCAGCUCCAGUGAGAGGAGGCUGCUGUGUGUGUGUCGUGCCCUGUUGAAGGGCUGUGUUGUCCUGGUAGUGGAGGACCCUAUUCCCCCUGUAGACGUCCACACUGAGAGGCUGCUCCAGAGCAUCAUACACACACACUUCUCCCACUGCACCGGGCUGUAUCUAACACAGAACCCUGGGAGCGUCACACACACUGACAGGGUGUUGGUGUUAGAUGGGGGACGUGUGGCUGAAUUUGACUGCGCCUCUGCUCUCCUCCAGAGGGGGGCACUGUUCUCCCAGCUGCUCUCUGAGACACAUAGAAACCAAGACACAGAAGAAGAGUGA